CCAAUGAGUUGAGAUUGACAAUUGCUUCCAUGUAUGGUGCAUGUUUGUCUCUUUUGCAGUAUGCUUUAUUUGGAUCGUGAGUACAUCCAAUAUUUGUUGAACCACGAGCGGUUAGGGGUGAAGUUUGCUUAUCAGAUGAAUAGUCUGGUUGGACCGCACUAGAUUCUAGACCUGGACAUGUUUAACAUGUUCAGGUGUCGAGCCGCGAUGUCGGUGGUUGCUUGUCAUCCCUAGUGGCGCCAGUUGCUGACGAUGGAUGAGCCCAUAUACCGAGAGCUCUGCGUGAAGUCCUAUUCCACCUUCUCCGACGUAGUCCCGAUGAGCAAGAGAAGUCGGCCCCACGUGGAGUUCAUGCUUGAAGGUUAGCUAUGGGUGCUGACAUACGACGCCUUCGCCCAGGCCAUGGGGUUGAACUCCACAUACAUGACGAUGAAGGAGUGGCAGUACACUGCCGACUUCCAUUAUUAGGAUGCGUUCCAGGCCAUCUGACGCCCGAGCAUGAGCAAGAUGAGUUCUAGUUUGGCCACAUCAAUGCAGUGAAGCUGCGGACCCCGUGGAGGAUCAUGCACACUCUUCUCACCCAAUCUCUCGAAAUAGCAUUCCACUAUCUACUCUUCUAGAUAAAAAUGAACUUCCCGGUACCAAGCACAUAGCUGUAAAGGGCUUCUUCCGUCGUCCCUAGUUUGUGAGCGGGCCAUCUGAUCACUAACAGAGGAUUGAUUGCCCUCCAUUCUAUGAGGCAUCCCGUCGAGCCGCUCCAUCUGGGAUUGUUGGUUGCCACAACUUUCGCCCAGUUUCUGGGGUGGAACAAGGUGGACACAAUGCAUAUGGGGGGGGGGGGGGGAAUCAUCACGAGACUGGCCCAGUACUUCGACGUGGACGUGAAGAGGGCCUCCAUAGUUGGCCGGACUGAGGCCUUCCCAUCGGAGACUCUCUACAACAUGAAGCUGGUGCUUCAAGGAGAGCCAGGGGUCGAGUACCUCGACGGACUUUGACCCUUAGAAGCUAUGAGGCUGACAGUUGACCCAUCUCUUGGAGACCAAUCCAGAGGUCCCUCCUCCAGAGCAGCCACCUGAGCUCCUGGUCGCCGCUGGCGUCCCGCGCUCCCGCGUCCUGCACCAGCAAAGUCAUGUUUUCGCUAGACUACGCAACCCUCAGUUACAAACCACCCAACCCAUUUCUCCUCAUCUUGUACCGCCAGCCCUUCCACCAUCCCGCGUUCUCGUGCUCUUUCUCUCUCUCUCUCUCUCUCUCUCUCUGUUUAUAUCUCCCAUCUCUCACGGCCUCCUCCAUUCCGAAAAUCGAUUCCAAUUCCAGUCGAGAACUUUGGAUUCACAUCACUCGUUCUCCGUUGAAUUCGAUACAAGAAAUUAUGAUGCACACACUCGUCUUCUUUCGUCCUUCCAUUCAAACAAUCAUUCACCAUCUACAACCAAAUCACUUGGCCCAAAUGGAGUGGCAUGGUACACCAGUCACCUCUCUCUAUUACACGAUGGCACAAAGCAGACCACAAGUUUAGAAAUGUACGCCAUAAGUUUGUUAAAGCACACCACAUGACCAAUAACGUACACCACAAGUAACGUAGAGCAAACCACAUGUUUAUAAAAGCACGCCACACGUUUAUUGUCUUGCCCCUUUAUUUAUUUAGUUUUUCUAUUCUUGUUCCAGAUAUGUGUAUUCUAUUCUGAGAUUGUUUCGGCCGAAGGAAGAAGACGACGAAGAUGGAAUUUUAAUCGAAUUAUGGGUGUAUAGUUAUCUUAACUUGUGUUGGUGAAAUAAACCUCCUUAUUGGGUUUAGAAUAGUGCAAUAUGAUAUCCACCACUGACAUAAAAUUUUCACAAGUUUCUUAAAGCACGUCACAAGGUGGAUUAAAGCACAACACAAGUGGAUUAAAGCACACCACAAGGUUCUUGUAUUGUCGUUAUAUUAUUUUAGUUUUGCCAUUAAGCUUCUAGUAUAUGGAUUUAUUACCAGUGAUAUUUAGGGUUUGUUUCGGCCGAAGAAAGAAUAUGAUGAAGAUAGAAUUUUAAUCGAACUGUGAGUGGAUAGUUAGGAUAAAACGUGUUUGCGAAA